UAUGCAAUAGAUUUCUCCAGAAGUUGAGCUCUACCUACAAGAAGCAGUCAAGCCACUCCUUGAGAAAAUUGAAGAAUUAAAAUAAAAGGAUUAAUAGAAUGAAGAUCAAAUCAAAUUUCUUACAGGAGAAAUCAGUCAACUCAAGACAUUAGUUUCUACUCUUAAGCCAUUUGAUGACAAAAGUAUCAUGAUUUAAAUUAUAAUUAGAAUAAGGAAAGCAAUAAUAGAAACAAGAAAAUAAUGGUAACAAUAAUGGUAAAAAUGAUUAUAUCUGGAAAAUUAGAUCAUAAAAAGCCAGAACGACCUCAAACAGCAAUUUAAUAAAAAACUGAGUAAAAUAAAUAAAAGGAAUAAAAACCAUAAACAGGAAGCAAGAAUUUAAGCCAAAGUGUAAUAGUAGAUAAGACAACUAAGAAUGAAGCGGAAAACAGUAAAUUGAUCAUUAAAAAUUUAGCUACUUCAAAAUCUCCAGGAUAACCUAUUGAAAAGCAACCUAAAACUACGUAAUAACAUUAGUAGUAACCUCAAUAGCUUAAACAAAAGCCUGUUAAGUAGCCAGAAUAAAAGGAUUAAAAAGAAACAAAGACUUCAAAUUAAGGUAUAUUGUUAUAUUUUAUUUAGAUUAACAAUAAAAAUAAGCAAAUCCUUAGAAGGAUGAGAAAAAGGAAGAAAAGAAAGAAGAAAAGAAGGAUGAAAAGAAAGUUGAUAAAAAUAAACCAAAUAAAUAACCUUAAUAACCUUAAACAGAUAAAACAAAAGAGCCACCAAAAAAGAAUGAAAAACAACAAGAAUAAAAAUCGAAUGGAGCAUAAAAAAAUACUAAUUCUAAAUAACCAGAAAAAAAAGUGGAAACUAAAUAAGAUGAGAAAAAAAUAGUUAAAAAAGGUUCAAAAACAGUAUCUUAACCUGGAAAUUAACAUUAAACUGAUGAAUAAUUUUAAUAAGAAUAAUAGAAAGCAUAAGUAUCUUAAGAAUAACAUUCAGCCGAGAAAUCUUCAAAAGAAAACCAUUCUGAAUAGAAUGAUCAAUAAUAAGAUAAUCAUUAAGAAUAAGUUACCUAAUAAUAAGAAGUUGUUUAAAAUUAAGAAGAAUAGAACUAAUUUAAGAAUGAUAAUGUUAACAAUUAAGAACAAAAAGAGGAUGAAGAUUUGUUAGCAGAUAAUCAUUAAGAUGAUAAUUAAAAAAGUGAACCAAUCUAAGAGAAUCAAUAGCAGGAUAUGUUUUGAGUU